AUGCUCAAAGGAAUUGACCCUCUCCUGACCCCGGAGCUUCUCCAAGCGCUUCGAGCAAUGGGCCACGGCAACACGAUCGCAAUUGUAGACGCAAACUUCCCGGCAGCCUCAACAGGUCCCCCCGUCAUCCGUCUCGCCGGAGCCUCGGUCACCGAUGCCGCCAACGCGAUCCUGUCUCUGAUGCCUCUCGAUGAUUUCGUCGACGAGGCGGCUUGGUGUAUGGAGGUGGUGGGCGACCCUUCUGCCGAUCUGCCUGUUUAUAAGGAGUUCAGAGAGUCAAUGCUCAAGCACGAGGGUGGGAACUUUGAGCUGAAGAAACUUGAGAGGAUGAAGUUCUACGAACAGGCCAGCAAGGCGUUCUGCGUUGUGUCGACUAGUGAGACACGGCUGUAUGGAAACCUGCUGUUGAAGAAGGGGGUUGUCAGGGCAUGA